AUGCCUAUAACGGCCCCAUUAAGCUUCCUCCAGGCGAAUAUCAACCACUGCGCCUGCGCUCAGGAUCUGUUGCUCCAGAGCAUGGCGCAGUGGUCGAUUAACAUCGCUGUGGUCGCUGAGCCGUAUUCUGUCUGGCCUAGGAAGGACUGGGUGGCGGACCUUAACGGCUCAGUGGCCAUCAUUUCUUCGGCCGCCGCCGGUACCCCGACCCUUGAAGGUGUCAGGGGGGGUCAGGGGUGCGUAGCAGCACGGUUAAGGGAGUUCGUCGUUGUGGGGGUGUACUUCUCCCCGAACCGAUCUCUCGCCGAGCUCCACAACUCUCUUGCAGAGCUGAGAGCAGUCGUCGUCGGAAGCUAUCCCCUCCCCGUGCUUGUCCUCGGGGACUUCAAUGCCAAGGACUUGGCUUGGGGUUCUCGUCAUACAGAUGUGCGGGGUAGGAUGGUGGAAGACUGGGCUCUGGAGACAGGCCUGGUCGUCCUAAAUCGGGGUUCUGUCCCCACGUGUGUGCGGAUGCGGGGCGAGUCGGUGGUGGACAUUUCGUUCGCUAGCCCCGCUCUGUCGCCGCGUGCCAUUGACUGGCGAGUCAUGGAGGGGGUGGAGACCUACUCCGACCACCGGUACAUCCGGUUUGACGUCUCCACCCAGCCCUCGAGCGCGCCAGUCCAACAGGCCCCGAGCGGUCCGCGUUGGGCGCUGAAGCAGCUGGACCGGGAGCUCCUCCUGGAAGCCUCGAUCGUGCAGGCCUGGGUGUCAUCACCGGAUAGGCCUGCCGACGUCAAUGAUGAGGCAGCGUGGUUCCAGGAGGCCAUGUCCGAGAUAUGUGACGUGGCAAUGCCCCGCGUCCAGCCAGGAAGCGCCCGGCGCCAGGUGUAUUGGUGGUCGCGACCCGAUGGCUUGCUUGGCAAAGCCUGGGUCCUGGCCUCGGAGGCUCUCGGGCCCCGACUGGAGGGGCUCCUAAGCGCAUGCUUGGAGAGAGGCCAAUUCCCGCUUCGUUGGAAGACGGGGAAGCUGGUCCUCAUUCGGAAGCCGGGGCGCCCUGCGGACUCUCCGUCCGCAUACCGGCCCGUGGUGCUGCUCGACGAGGUGGGCAAGCUCUUUGAAAGAGUCAUUGCAAACCGCCUCGCCGAGCACCUUGCGGGGACGGGGCCGGAUCUUGCGGAACACCAGUUUGGUUUCCGCAAGAGGUGGUCUACGGUGGACGCCAUCAUGUGCCCUGCUAUUCUUCAUUUUUGUUCGUCCUCUGAACUCAGUUUUAAGAUUGAUAUUACCCAAAACAAAAUCAAUGUAACCAUAAAUGUACCGUACGCUUAUCUACAGUAUCUCAUUUAUACACGACGUUGA